GCCGCCCGGGCCACGGGGCUCCUUCGGCCGCUGCUUCUCCUCCUCCUCCUCCGGCGCCAGCAGCCCUCUUGCUCCGGAGCCAGCGCGGGCAGCCGGGCGCGGGCUGCAGGGAGCCAGCAGGCGGCAGAGAGAUUCCUUGAGAAAUACGGCUACUUCAACUCCACGCAUCAAGAAUUGAGCACAUCCAAAUUCUCAGAAGCCAUUCGGGAGUUCCAGUGGGUGUCCCAUUUGCCUCUCAGCGGCGCCCUCGACGCCCCCACCCUGCAUCACAUGACUUUCCCACGAUGUGGCGUGAAUGACGCAGAGAGCCACGUUUCCUGGAAGGAGCGCAUGGUGGCGCUGGCGUCAGGGCAGAAACCCAGGAGACGGCGCAAGAAACGGUACUUGCAUCAGACUGGCAAAUGGUACAAGCGGCAUUUGACGUACCGGCUGGUGAACUGGCCCUGGUACCUGCCUCAACAGCAAGUCCGCCUAGUGGUGAAAGCAGCCUUUGACCUCUGGAGCAACGUUUCCGGCUUGGUUUUCUGGGAGGCCUCCGGGGAUCCCGCCGACAUUCGCCUGACUUUCUUCCACGGAGACCACAACGACGGAGCGGACAACGCCUUUGAUGGACCAGGGGGUGCCUUGGCACAUGCCUUCUUUCCGCGCCGGGGUGAGGCGCAUUUCGACAAUGACGAGAGGUGGUCGUUGGACAGCGGGAAGGGCCGGAACCUCUUCGUAGUCAUGGCGCACGAGAUCGGACAUACGCUGGGCCUGGAACACUCGCCGGUGCAUAACGCCCUCAUGUCCCCUUACUACAAGAAGCUGGGCAAGGAUUUUGUCCUCAGCUGGGAUGACAUCCUUGCUAUCCAGAACUUAUAUGGGAAACCUCCCCGGGGCCCUGUGGUCCAGCUCCCAGGGAAAUUAUUUGCUCGCUUCCAAGACUGGAGCCAACAUCUCGACGCCCCCGAGCGCCAGGAAAGCAACCUCAGCUCCCAUUACUGCUGGUCGUUUUUUGAUGCCAUCACCAUCGACCUGAAAGAUAACCUUUACAUCUUCAAAGGGGGUUAUUACUGGAUAGUAUCCAAAGGAGGAAAAGCCACGGGUCCACGCCCGCUCCAGGAACUGUGGCCACGGCUACCAUCCACCCUCGACGCUGCAGCCUUCUCAGAGGAAGAUGGGAAAUUCUAUUUCUUCAAAGGUGGCCGAUGUUGGCGCUACAAAGGCUCCUCCCUGGACGUGGGUUUCCCCCAGAAGUGCAGCAGCACGGGCCGCCUUCCCCGACACCCGGACAUGGCCUUCUAUUUCCAACCUCUCCACCACCUGGUCCUUUUCAAAGGCCCCAAAUACUACGUGGUCAACGAAGAGUCCCUCCAGGUGGAGCCGUACUACCCCAGGAGCGUGCGAGACUGGGGAGGGGUCCCAGCCAUGGCCAACGGCGCUGUCACCCAUCCGGACGGCUUUGUGUACUUCUUCCGAAGCGACCAGUUCUGGAAAUUUGACCCCGAGAGGCUGCAGGUGGUGGCAACGGGGAAAUGGGCCCCCCAGCUACGGUGGCUCGGCUGUCAGGAAGCUGAGCUGAACCAGGCCGUUGGCUGAGCUCCCUUAGAAACUCUGGAGCUGUUGCACGUCUUCGCAGCGAACCUCCAAAAGUCCAGGACUUGUUCAAACAUGGAUGAUGUCCAGUUGGGGCGGCAUUGAAGUUUGCCUUUAAUUUGUUUAACGAACACAUCUGGGUGAAGGGUUGGUGAGGCCUAAGUCAGCUUUGCGGUCUCUAGAGAGAGAAAAGAAAACCUUGUGGACCAAGUAGUAGCAGGUGACUUGGCUUCACACAGAGAGGAAAAGCCCUUAGUUUGAUGUGGCGAAGACUUCCAUCAAAUGUACAAAGCUGGACAUAUUGUGUCUCCCCUCCCCCUGGGGAGAUGGGUCAGUCCAUCUUUGCUGUCUAGUGUCCUUAGUGUCCCCUUCGUAGGCAUGACAAGUAUCAGGAGUCUAAGUUUCACGGUUGUGGCGCUAUGGCGCUGAAAGACAGAUAGACCAACGUCCUUUUCUAUUAUUAUAGAAUUUCAACGGCUAAAAGUUAAGGCAAG